UUAUUGGCACGAUACAAAGCAAUGUGCCAAGGGCUGCCGCUUCGACUCCCUGAGCAGAAUCGGCCUCUGGAAUAAAAGCUUGCAAAAUGCUCCGUUUGAGCACAGAGACAUAGCAAUGUUAGGCUGGAACGAGGAAGUGCAGUGGAGAGGGGAGGGACCGAGGGCAGAGUUCCAUAGUGCUGCCGCGGCGCUACGAACUUCUGCACAUGGAGCGGGGGAGAGUUGGAAGAGCUUCAUAUUGCAAAGUCAAGGAAUAGCAGAGUACUUGCAGAGAAUGGAGACUGAAGAGGCCCAGGAAAUGUCCCAGAUGCCAGAGAGUGAUGUCAGUAUGACUGCCGGUCCUUUCUCAGGCCAGGACAGUCCCCUAGCCAAUGAGGCAUCGGAGGAGAUGGACGAGGCUAUGCCGGUGCCAGAGGACCUGUCUGCCACCUCUGGCCUUCAGCAGAACAACAGGACCGACAACAAAGGCUUGGCCUGCAAUAUUAAAGUUGAGGCUCGGAGUGACGAGGAGAAUGGGAUGGCCUGUGAGGCGAAUGGCGAGGAGGAGGAGGAGGAGGAGGAGGAAGGGGCGGAAGACUUGCGCGUGCUGGAUGCCUCGGGCGCCAAAGUGAACGGCACCCACGCCGGGCACGACAGCAAAGCGGCCUACUCGGCGGCCGGCGGCAUCCGCCUCCCCAACGGGAAGCUCAAGUGCGAUAUCUGUGGGAUAGUAUGCAUUGGCCCCAAUGUGCUGAUGGUGCACAAGCGAAGCCACACUGGGGAGCGGCCCUUUCAGUGUAACCAGUGUGGGGCCUCCUUCACUCAGAAGGGCAACCUGCUGCGCCACAUCAAGCUCCACUCCGGGGAGAAGCCCUUCAAGUGUCACCUGUGCAACUACGCCUGCCGCCGCCGAGAUGCCCUGACCGGCCACCUGCGCACACACUCUGUUGGAAAACCCCACAAGUGUGCUUACUGUGGGCGGAGCUACAAACAGCGUAGCUCGUUAGAGGAACACAAGGAGAGAUGCCACAACUACCUGCAAUGCAUGGGACUCCAGAACAGCAUCUAUACAGUAGUAAAGGAAGAAAGCAGCCAGAGUGAUCAGAGGGAGGACAUAAGCCUGACGGGACGGGAGAGGGCCUUGGUGCUAGACAGGCUAGCUAAUAAUGUAGCCAAACGAAAGAGCUCUAUGCCACAGAAGUUUGUGGGUGAAAAGCGGUUGUCAGACUUGUCAUUCGAGGGCAGCGGCGGGGAGCUGAUGCAGCCCCACGUGAUUGACCAGGCCAUCAACAGCGCCAUCAGCUACCUGGGGGCCGAGUCGCUGCGGCCGCUGGUGCAGACCUCACCCGGGUCCUCCUCCGACGUGGUGGUCAGCCCCAUCUACCAGCUGCACAAGUCCGCGGCCGACGGCGGCGGCCUGUCGGCCAAGGACAGCGCUGCCGAGAACCUGCUGCUGCUCUCCACGUCCAAGCCGGUGUCCGGCGAGAAGGACGGCUCGCCCAGCCCCAGCGGCCAGGACUCCACCGACACCGAGAGCAACAACGAGGACCGGCCGGUCGGCGGCGGGGGAGGAGGAGGCGGCCCCGGGGCGGCCAGCGCCGGCCUCAUCUACCUGACCAAUCACAUGGCCCCGGGGAUGCGCAACGGCGGCGCCCUGCCGCUGGUCAAGGAGGAGCAGCAGCAGCGGUUCGAGGCGCUGCGCGUGGCCGGCGUGGACCUCAGCGUGGCCGUGGGCUCCGAGGGCUUCAAGGUGCUCAGCGGGGAGGGCAAGGAGGUGCGGACGUACUGCUGCGUCCACUGCCGCGUGCUCUUCCUGGACCACGUCAUGUACACCAUCCACAUGGGGUGCCACGGCUUCAGGGACCCGUUCGAGUGCAACCUGUGCGGCUACCACAGCCAGGACCGCUACGAGUUCUCCUCCCACAUGACGCGCGGAGAGCACCGAUACUAAACGCGCACACAUGCACACAUGCACACAUGCACACAUGCACACAUGCACACAUGCACACAUGCACACACACACACACACACACACACACACACACGCACACACACGCACGCACACGUACACACACACAUACACAUACUCACACACGCACACACACGUACACGUACACACACACACACACACACACACACACACACACACACACACACACACACACACGUACACACGCGCACACACAUACACCAUACACACACGCGCACACACACACACACACACACACACACACACACACACACACACACACACGCCCAGUUAAUCCAAGGAACCACUCAAAUACUUACAUACAUACAUAAAUCAAAUGUGUAUUAGAAUAUAAAUACAAUAUCCAAAUAUAUUGAUCCCAUCCAUCCACUGUCUGCAUGUUUGGAAAUAUGGAAAACAGUAGGGAAUAAUGUAUGUAUGUCAUAUAUGUAACACUUUGAUGGAAGCUGAAAUAAUGUAUACUUCCUCUACUUUUAUAAGAUUGGCAAGCAAGAGAACCGUCAUUCUGUACUACUAUGUUCUUUUCUAAGAAUUUUCAGAAAGUGAGCAAAUCUCUCUGUAUCUGUAUCUGUAUCUGUAUCUGUUGCUUUACAUGUAUGUUUUAAUUUUUUUCAGUUUUUUUUUAGCCAGCCUCCUGUUGGGAGGAGUUUGUUGAAAAUGGAAGUGAACAUACACCAUACACUUGACUGUCGGCACAAGGAUAAAGAUAGUUAAACUAUUUAUAUGUAGGUGUAUUGUUUUUUUUUGUUUUUUUUUCAGUAUAUUUUGGAGUGUGUAUAUUUUGGAGUGUUUUAUGCCUUUGAUCAGACAGGACAUUGACAUGACAAGAGUGAGAUGAAGUGAGUGGGGUCAGGAGAUGAGCUGCACGUCAGGCUCAAUCCCAGGUCCCCGUGGGCACUUGGACCUGAAAGUGGUCUGGACGCAGGAGCCACUUGCGCCUCAGUGUGCUUCCUGAGGUAUAAUGUCUUAUGAUAACCAGGCACAAGUAAUUAUAGAUCUAUACAGUAUUAUCACAAUAUACAUGUAUGCCCACUGCAAACUUGUUUUUCAGUAAACUUUAUACAGUACAUAUAUUUUUAUUUUGUCUCUUUUCAGUAGUUAUUUUUUGUAUUAUUUAAGUAGAAUACAGACCAUACUCUCUUUUUGUAAUUUAUUUACUCAGUCAAGGAUUGUUUAAGUCUGGCAGUGUAAUGUAAAGUGAUACCAAUUCACAUGUUUUUAACAAGGUGGUCUGAAUUCUUUUUUGUACAAAAUGUGAUGGUGGCAUUACUGAGUGAUGUUGGAAGUAUAAAGUGUUCUCUGACAAUAAAAACAGAAAACCGUUUACACGAUUUAAAGUGGAAACUCGAGUUGUGUUUGUUCUUUUAAAGCAAAGGACAAUGAAAUGACUAUUCAAUUGAAAUAAAGAGUUACCUGAAACCAAA